AAGAAGAAAAUAAAUUAAAAAUAGUAUUUAUUAAAGUUUAUUUUAAGGAGCGUUUUCUUCUCUGCUCUUCAUCCUGCCGCAGCUCUGGAGUGACGAUGAUGAUGUUUCCGCCUCGUGAAGCCUGGAACUCGCGUCACCAUGGAAGCACUCAGUUUGCUACAUGCAUUCGCCAUUUUGCUGCCUCGGUGUGUGUGUGUGUGUGUGUGUAUAUAUAUAUGUGUGUGUGUGUGCGUGUAUGUGUGGCUCCUUUCGAUGUGAAUACCUCCAUACAGCUCCCAAACAUCCAACACUUUCCCGGCUGAGAGAAGAAGAAGAAAUGUCUUCAUUUCUGGACCGAACCGUGGUCGCUGCAGCCUGACAUGGAGAAGAAUCGCCGGACAGCGGAACAGUAGUUUCUUCCACGGUUAUCGAGGAGGGCCAGUGGGGAAAUUCAAGCGAGUCAGAGCUUGACAAACAGGACUGCAGGUUUUCAUCAUUAUCUGCCCAAGAUGAAAGCACACGGUAAAGGGGAGGAACAUUUCUGCCCUCAGUGGAUUCUGUUUGCCUCCCUGGAUUCUCACAUUUGACACAUCCRUAAGACCACCAAUGAUGAUACCAGGAUUGAUCUCCCAAGAGUUACACGACCAGCUUCUGGACCCGAAGAAUUACCAGAAUCGCACCAACGGGGUGGAGAAGCUUAAGCACAUCCUGUCAGAGGUGGACACCAAGUCGGUCCCGUCUGCUAGUAUUGAGGAGUUCAUCAAUUUUCUUCCAAGRCUUCUCGAUGACAGUAAUUUUAAGGUGCUGUACGGCACCUUACAAGUUUUAAAUKUACUAAUUCAGAAGUUAGAGACGGGUGUAGACAAAUUUUUGAAACACAUAGUUUUAGUUGCCCUCAAGGCUCUUGGUGACACUCGCACCGUCACCAGGAAUGAAUACCUUAACGUUUUUCAGCAACUGAUGAAAAGGGUCCCACCGCAGCACGUAUUAGACCUCGUCAUCGGCAACUUGAAACACAAAAACUCCAGGGUACGGGAAGAUGUUCUUAACAUCAUCGUGGCAGCUAUGCUCACUCAUCCCAGGAAAGACUUUAACAUUCCCAAGCUUUGUUUUGAGGUGGCUCCAUACUUGGCAGACAGUAAAAGAAAGGUCCGCCACGCUGCCCUGGAGCUGUUUGCUGUUUUUGACCAUUGCCUCGACACGGGGAAAAAGCAGCCGCUAAUMAAAGCUGUGGACAUGGUUGAGCUUAACGAGGACGCAGAAGGUCUGAUGGCAGCUGUGCAGGCGAGACGAGCCAGGCGCAUUCUUCCAAAACUAACCCCCGAGGGGACUGUGGAGUAUGGUUUGGCGGUGCCCAAACCUGGACAGUGGUCCACAGGGCAGUACGGUUCUGGAGCUGAUCUGGACUGGGUGAUAAAAGGAGGCCGGACAAGCAGUGCCAGGAGCUACAGGACAGAGCCAGACAGUAAUCGAUUGUAUGGCUACGGCAGCUUAGGCUCGCUCACAGACGACCUACCACUUCAAAGAAGAAUCGUCAGCGCAGGUAAAGGGAAGAACAAGCUACCUUGGGAGAUAUCGAGCUUCUCGUCGACUGACAGUGAGCAGCAACAGCACAGUGCACCUAAUGGGAGGAGCUCUGAACAGGUGACAAGUGAGGAUUACUUACCUCAUUCUAAGAAGCCGGAGACCUACAUACCAAGUUUCAGUUCUGUGGAGUCCGAGAAAUYCCCGCUCCCCAGAAGGAGGGAGGYCCCAGCAAAUCUCAGAAGAAGUGGAAGCCUUAACUUGGACACAGAUAUUUUCAAAACCAAAAACUUUAGUGACACAGAUGUUG